AUUCCCGAUUGUUUCUAGUGUUCACACUCAAAGCAAAGUGACCGCCUCCAGUGACCAUGGUGGUGGGUAGUGAAAAACCUGGAGAGGAAAUGUCCGAAACUACCCAGACCCAGGAUGAUCGGGAAGGCGCGGAAGGUAUGCCGGCCGCAUACCUGAUGCGACCGGGCCUGGGCGAACGAUUCAAAUCGGAAAAGAUUCGCGACAUUAUUAACACCGCGCUCACGGAAACACUGACCGGUAAAAAGUACAACGCCGAGAUGGCGGCGGUUUACACGAAAACACUGGCCGACGAAAUCAGCUUGCGAGUCCGGGAUCUCAAUAUGCAGAGCUACAAGCACGUGGUGGAGGUGAUGCUGGGCCAGCAGCUGGGCGCCGGGUGCAAGUACGUGUCACGGUGCCGCUGGGACCCGGAGACCGACAAUCACGCAUCGGGCGAAUUUACUAAUUCCUCCAUCUUCUGCGUGGUGACAGUGUUCGGUCUUUAUCUGUACUGAGGAGGCUGCGGCGGAAAAGGAGUUGGGAACGGCGAA